AUGGUCACUAAUCGCUUUAUCAAUCUAAGUCAUAAGGAUAAGUCGAGAAGGGUACAGAUCAGGAGAGGCUGCCCACAGGGAGGCAUCCUUUCUCCUUUUCUAUGGAACCUGGUAGUCGACGAUCUCCUCUCCUUUACUGCGAAGGACAUACCGGGUUACCUGCAAGCCUUCGCAGAUGACCUGGCAUCACUAGCAGAAGGAAAUGACCUGGACAUCAUCUGGAACCGCACAUGCAAAACCAUCAAUACGAUAGAAAAAUGGUGCCAAACCAAGGAUCUAUCUAUCAGCGCACUCAAGACUCAGAUAGUAAUGUUUACCUGGAAUACUAAGUGGACUUUGAGACCAAUAAAAGUUGGCAACAACAUUAUAGGUCUCUCGAAGUCGGCUAAAUUCCUAGGUGUGACAUUAGACAGCAAACUCAAUUACAAUGAACAUAUCAUCAACAUCACCAAAAAAGCCACGGCAUCCCUCAUGCAAUGUCGAAGAGCUGUCGGCCCCACAUGGGGUAUGAGCCCUAAAACUUGUAUAUGGAUGUUCACAGCGGUCAUUCAACCCAUUCUGUCCUACUGCUGUAGUAUAUGGAUCAGGGCAAUUGACACGGACUACAAUGCGAGGAAGCUCAAACGUGUGCAGGCAUUGGCACUGAGAAUGAUGUCUGGUGCCAUGCCAAGUACACCCUUUCUCGCAUUGAAUCACCUUACUGACACCCCAGACACCAUACUAUUCCUGAGGGGCGAAGCAGCGAAGGGAGCAGCAAGGCUUCAAGCCUACGGCAGCCUCACUCUUGAAACUAUCGCCCACAGGAAGGGAACUAUCAAAAACCACACCACAAUCAACAAACAAUUCAUGGAGGAUCUCAACAUACCACCUAGAGCCACAAGAGACCUCACAGCACCAACCAUGAUGCUGGGACGGCACUUCACCGUCACCACUCCUGGAACUAACAACACUGAAUACAGAACCGCACUCCAACACACCAUCGACAACAUUACCAGUGAAACGAUCACCUGCUACACAGACGGGUCUCUAUCAGACUCCGGAAGUGGGGCUGGGUACAUCAUCACGACUGACAACAACAACACCAUCCUGGAAGAGAGAUCAUUCAAGCUCCCUGAUUAUUGCACUGUCUACCAGACGGAGCUUACUGCAAUCAUUGAAGCCUGCAAGUAUCUCUCAUCCUACACCAAUUCACACAUCAUUAUAUGGUCUGAUAGUCUCUCCUCCAUACAAGCUAUUUCCUCGCUUUCAACGAGGAGCAGAACUACUAGAGACUGUUAUGACACCCUUAACGCACUCGGAUCGAACAACACUCUAGAGAUCCGAUGGAUCGCAGCCCAUAUUGGGUUGUGGGGAAAUGAAAAAGCGGAUGAGCUGGCCAAGCUUGGCACGACCAGCGAACACGUUUUGAAAUGCCCAAUCCCUCAAUCUUACAUCAAACGACAAAUCAACAACAAAGUCCACAGACUGAAUCAGGAUAUCUGGUUAACGGAUGGUCUUAGACACACCAAACUAACACUUGGCCAAAAGCACACCAAAAUAAUCAAUAAUAUAAACACGUCACUCAUCAACAAUAGACAAGACUAUAGAACCGCAGUCCACCUAAUCACGGGCCACUGUGGCUUAAACAAACACCUUCACACCAUCCGCAAAUCUAGCACCAGUGCUUGUCCUAUGUGCGGUGACGGAGAGGAAACUGUCUCACACUUUCUUGGACAGUGCCCAGCUAUUGCCCAACUAAGAGGUCAAUACUUUCGGGACUACUACCUCUCGGUCAACGACAUAUUCGACAACCACCACAUUACCACAAUCGUCAACUUCACAAACCGCACCAAACGCUUAAUAGUACCAGAAGAACUGGAUCAGACUGGCGUAACUUAG